UUCCAAGAUAGGCAAGAAUUAAUCUUGUUGUGCUAGAUGGUUAAUGGGUAUUUUAAUAUUCUCUCUGUUUUUCCAUAGCCAAAAAAAGUGAGUGAGAUAUUUGCCAUUUUUGAUUGUCUGAUUUUGCUUUUGUCCUCGGCUAUAAGUCCACCUCCUUUCACAUAGAAAACCAAACAUCAACAGUGCUGUACUGGGAACAAAUGGAGGGUACAGCCUGCAGAGAUGAACGUGGUUGAAGAGAUUAUGAAGAUGUACAUGUUCUGUGUUCUUGUUGCUUUUCUUUCUUGACAACCCACUUUUCCAGACUGUCAUUUAGGCACUGACACCACAAAGGAAUCAUUGAAGGUAAGACUAAGGCAACAGAAGAUGUCAUUGUUUGGCUCCUUAGCACAGUAAAAUUUUGUUGUCUCAAAAUGUUUUAGGACUCCAAAGUGAACUCAGAGAAGAUGUUAUAGUGUAGCAUAAAUAGCUUGGACUUAAUAGGGAUGCGUGCAAGAGCCAUGUCCCAUGUGAAAUUUCCAUCAACAGGGAUGGGAACCCAAACCUUUGGGACAAUUAUUCACAGUUUCUCUAUAUUUUUUAUUCCAUUUGUUCUCCUCAUGCAUUAUAAGCAACCCACUUCUAGGAAUCAAUUCUCAACGGUUUAUAUUGUGUGCUAAUUUAUUGAAGCAUAAGCAGUUUCACAAGUCCACACCCCACACAGCUUCCAUUUUCUGAAUUCCUAAUCCAGCACUCCUCAACUUGAGUUGCCCUAUCAGCUUAUAAAUCAAAUCAUGCCAAGUUUAUUAAGUGGUUCGAUUGACACAUGGAUUCUCCAACAUUCAAUUUCGUAUGCCAUCGAUUACCGUCAUCCCAAAUUAUUUUCUAUCACGUGUGGCCCUCUCGGACACCACUGUUUUGAUAAAAUCAGGAAACAACACAGACACUUGGUCUCAGUCUCAGUUUUGGUGCUUGAAUUGGUGUCCCCUUUAAGUCCCUCCGACAAAAAACACACAUAUCUAUCUCCAACCACUCAUUUCUCCAUACCCCAUUCUCAAAUCCACAAAAUUAUCCUGAAAAUUGAAAAAUUAUCCAAAUGAACAAACUUGAAGUGACCCUAAAGGCCCCAAACAAACAACUUAUCAUUCAUUGUACUAGUCCCAAUCACAUGUCAAUGCCAUUUCCAUUACAAACACUUCACCGCCGUGAGAUUUGUUCCAAAGUACACAUCAAAUUGUUUUAAUUGAAUCUCAUCCCACCAGUGAUUCACCAACAAAAGAAAGUGAGGGAAAUGGAGGCAUUUUCAAGAGACCAACGUGGCUCGCUCGAAGUGUUUAACCCUUCUUCUUCUUACUCCACCGAGAAACCCGUGAACUCGCCCUUACGCUCCCAAUCCACGUGGAAGAAUUGGAUAGACUCACGCGCCACCGAGGCUCCGGAGCAGCGCAAUACCGAUGAAGUCGCCGCUGCCACUGCCGCCACUUCGUGGAUGGCACUCAAGGAGCCAACUCCUCCGCCGCCGACGCUCGCUGCCAUCCUCGGCGAGUCUCGCCCGGCAACCGGAGAGGUUGGUGCGGCGGCGCAGAGGGCGGCGGAGUGGGGGUUAGUGCUGAAGACGGACACGGAGACGGGGAAGCCGCAGGGAGUAGCGGUUCGGAACUCCGGCGGCGAGGAACCAAACGCGAGAGCUAGUGGCGGUUCGAGGAGGGAUUCGAACAACUCUGUGAGAAGCUCCGGCGAGUCUUCCGAUGACGGAAGAGAGUACCGGGGAAUUCCGAGGGUUUCGGAGGAUCUGAGAGACGCUUUAUCGACGUUUCAACAGACUUUCGUGGUUUCGGAUGCUACCAAACCCGAUUACCCGAUUUUGUAUGCGAGUGCCGGGUUUUUUAAGAUGACGGGUUAUACAUCCAAGGAGGUCAUUGGAAGGAACUGUCGGUUUUUACAGGGAGCAGAAACGGAUCCGGAUGACGUGGCAAAGAUAAGGGAAUCACUGCAAACUGGGUCUACUUAUUGUGGAAGGUUACUGAAUUACAAGAAAGAUGGUACUCCCUUUUGGAACCUUCUUACUAUUGCUCCUAUUAAGGGUGAUGAUGGCAGAAUUCUCAAGUUUAUUGGAAUGCAAGUGGAAGUUAGCAAGCACACAGAGGGGUCCAAGGAGAAGAUGCUACGUCCCAAUGGAUUGCCCGAAUCCUUGAUUCGAUAUGAUGCUCGUCAGAAAGAGAAAGCAAAUAGUUCAGUAUUUGAGUUGGUGCAUGCGGUGAGGCGACCCCGGGCACUGAGUGAAUCAGCAAACCGUCCCACGAUCAAGAAGCCAGCAUCUAGUGAUGAUGCACAAGUCAAAACACAAAACUCUUCAAGGAGAAAAUCCGAGAGUGUUACUUCAUUUAGAAGAAAAUCACAUGCAGGAGAUUACAAAAGUUCAAUGCAAAGAAUCACUGAGCAACCUGAAAAUGAAAAGAAACACAAAAACUCUCGUCGCCGUUCUUUCAUGGGGUUCAUCAGGAAAAGUCAGUCCAGCUAUGAAAGCUUCAAUGACGAAGCUGGUGCUGAGGACAGCUCUGAGAGUAGUGAUGAGGAUGAUGAAAGGCCUGAGAGUUUUGAUGGAAAAUUACAGAAGAAGGAAAAGAGAAAGGGUCUUGAUCUUGCUACCACACUCGAACGUAUUGAGAAGAAUUUUGUCAUUACUGAUCCUAGGCUACCUGACAACCCAAUUAUCUUUGCAUCUGAUAGCUUCUUAGAGCUUACUGAGUAUAGUCGUGAAGAAAUCUUGGGAAGAAAUUGCAGGUUUCUGCAAGGACCUGAAACUGAUCCAGCAACCGUGAGAAAAAUUAGAGAAGCUAUUGACAAUCAAAGAGAAGUUACCGUGCAGCUCAUUAAUUAUACAAAGAGUGGUAAAAAGUUCUGGAAUUUGUUUCAUUUGCAACCUAUGCGUGAUCAGAAGGGAGAGGUACAGUAUUUCAUUGGAGUUCAACUUGAUGGUAGUCAACACGUGGAGCCUCUUCACAACCGCAUUGCUGAUGAUACUGCAAAGGAGGGAGAACAAUUGGUGAAAAAAACUGCUGAAAAUGUUGAUGAUGCAGUGAGAGAACUUCCAGAUGCUAAUUUGAAACCAGAAGAUUUAUGGAAAAAUCAUUCAAAAGUGGUUCACCCCAAACCCCACAGGAAGGAUGAAGCCGCCUGGAAAGCUAUUCAGACGAUCCUAGAUAGUGGAGAAGAGAUAGGCUUGAAGCAUUUUAGGCCAAUUAAACCUCUGGGAUCAGGAGAUACUGGCAGUGUCUAUCUGGUGGAGCUAGGCGAAACUGGUCAAUAUUUUGCCAUGAAAGCUAUGGAGAAGGGUGUUAUGCUCAAUCGUAAUAAGGUGCAUAGAGCUUGCACAGAGAGAGAGAUCCUCGACAUGUUGGACCACCCUUUUCUUCCUGCAUUAUAUGCUUCCUUUCAGACCAAUACACAUAUCUGUUUGAUAACUGAUUAUUGUCCUGGUGGAGAACUAUUCCUGCUUCUUGAUCGACAACCAGCUAAGGUUCUGAGGGAAGAUGCAGUAAGAUUUUAUGCUGCUGAAGUAGUUGUUGCCUUGGAGUACCUUCAUUGUCAAGGGAUAAUAUAUCGAGAUUUGAAGCCAGAAAAUGUGUUACUCCAAAGCAGUGGACACGUGUCUCUAACAGAUUUUGAUUUGUCAUGUUUAACAUCUUGCAAACCACAGCUUCUAGUUCCAGUAAUAAAUGAAAAGAAGAAACCACCGAAAUUCCAACAGGCUCCAAUAUUUAUGGCUGAACCUAUGAGAGCAUCAAAUUCUUUUGUGGGCACAGAAGAGUACAUAGCUCCGGAAAUUAUAACGGGUUCAGGCCAUACAAGUGCUGUGGAUUGGUGGGCUCUUGGAAUUCUUCUAUAUGAAAUGUUUUAUGGGUAUACACCAUUCAGGGGAAAGACAAGGCAAAGAACAUUUACAAAUAUUCUCCACAAGGACCUUAAAUUUCCCAAAAGUAAACAGGUAAGUUUCAGCGCAAAGCAAUUAAUGUACCGAUUGUUGAAUAGAGACCCCAAAAGCAGAUUGGGAUCAAGAGAAGGAGCAAAUGAAAUUAAGCAUCACCCUUUCUUUCGGGGUGUCAAUUGGGCCCUAGUUCGUUGCACGAAACCUCCUGAGCUUGAUGCUCCUCUCUUUGGGACAACUGAAGAAGAAAAAGAAGCAAAACCUGAUGAUCAUGUGGAAGAGGAGAUGAGCGUCUUCUAAAAGGUUAAAGGAUGAAGUUAUUUCUACCUCAGGAAUGUUACAGUGAUGUUAUUAGCGUUCUUGAGUAAAGGUGGUAACCAAGUUAAGCAAUCCAAGUUUGAUAGCGUAGCAUGUUACGUUGUAAUUUAUGAAUACUAUGAUGUUUCUGAUUUAAUGAGUGAUGUGUAAAUCUUUUCUUAAUUUAUUGCGUGUUUGCGUUGUCCCUUUCCUUAAAUCUGCCUGGUUUAUUGCGAUGUCGUUGGAUGUCAUCGCCUCAUUGUUUCCACCACAUGACCAUACCCAACAUAUAACAUAUCAUUUAUUGGCCUGUCUUAACAUGU